AGGAACAUUUAUCAGAAGACAACUGUAUAAAAAGACCUCGGGCCAAUUAAACAAUGAGUCGAAGUGACGAUGUGUAGUUGGUGAAGCGGUACAUGUGUAUUUCAUAAAAGUUUCUUGCGAUGAAAGGUUUCGUCUUCCUUCUAAUUGUCACUUUACUUGCGCAUACGCAUGGUGCACCAUCUGAAACCUCAUCAUGGAAAGACACGGUAGAACAAUUGCAAAAGGAAAUAAGGGUAAAAAAAGAUGAAACUAUUCAGCGACUUCACGACUGGGGCUCAGCACUAUUGCCCAAUCUCGACAAACUAGCAGGGUUUGGAAGAAAUCCCCAAAAUUCUGUGAAAAAAGAAAGUGAUAGAAACGAGGUAAGGAAACCUUCAAAUCCAUUCGAUUUACUGCCAGGAAACAGGUGGAGUUCCCCUUAUAACCGAAAAAAUCAGGGGAAGAAUUCUGAGAGUACAAAUUUGAAGGAGAAAGAAUCCACGGAUGAAAAGUUUAACCAACGAAACCCAUACAAAAGAAGCUCUCAAGAAAAUGAUCCUCACAACAACAGAAAUCCUCUCGACUGGAUUUUUAAUAAGAAGCGUCCAAAACAAAAUAACAAUGAAUCAGGCGAAAAGGACCAACCCAAUAAGAAAGACUCUUCAGAAUCUUCAACUUCAACAGAUGAAAUCAGCGCAGCAAUUUCACACACUCGCAAGCAAACAAAUCAUAAACAGAGAGAAAAAAAUAAAAACAGCGCAAAAAACAAUAACAGUUCACAGGAUUCGAGUGAAAAGGAUUCACCCAAUACAAAGGAUUCUUCAGAAUUAUCAAAUUCAAUUGAUCAAAUUAGAUCCUCCCAUUCACAUUCUGAUAAAGAAAGAGACAGAAAACAUCAGAGAAAUAGCCAACAUGAUUCAAAAGAAAAGGAUACGAAUGAGGAAGAAUUCAAAGGAUUCUUAACGAAAGUAAAAGAAAAAGUGGAAAAUGCUACGUAUAUAAUACAAAUGCUUAAACACAACAAGAACAACGAAUGUAGACACCUUACACCAAUAGAAAUGUACUACAGAAGAUUAUACGAAUAUAACAAGGCUAGAUACAUUGAAUGGAGCAAGAAACUGGGCAUAAAAAAGUACAUACUAAGCCAUUUAAAAAAUUUAAGCAUAGAAAAACUGUUGCAUAUCUGCAAAAUAAAGAAACAAAUCAACCACGAGCAUCGGCUAAUUCUAAUUAAAAAAUGUAUUAAUGUCCACCUCUCCAUUAACGAUACCUUCGAAAUUGUGACAGAACCACCACCACUUUCACCACAAGAUCCAACGUCCUGGAAGUGUGGAAAAACAACAAAACCUCCAUGGCCAGUAACACAGUCCACUUCCAUAUGGCAAAAUAAUUGGAGCUCGAGCAUAGAAGCUAGCAGCACAAUGACAAAAAUACCAAAUACUUCACGGACAAAGCGAAGCACCCAAACACAGGCAACGGAGGACAGCAGCGUGAGCUCCAGCUCGCCCAACACCGUAAGCUCAAAGGAACCAACGUCCACCACAACGGAGGAACCAAGGCAUUCCAGUAACAGUACCGACUCAUCAUCUGGACAACCAACCGGGCCCUCUCAGCAGACAAACACAGAAGAACCUACGAGCCCAUCGCAGGCAACAGGCAGUACUGAAACACGGCCAUCUGAGGAACCUACGGAGAGGUCCAGCUUGAGCAGCACUGGAAGUUCAGCUGGCGGGCCAUCGUCGACAGAAUCAUCAGGGCCCCCUCAGUCGACAAGUACAGAAGAAUCUACGAGCCCAUCACAGUCAACAGGCAGUAGCGAAACACGCCCAUCUGAGGGAUCUACGGAGAGCUCCAGCUUGAGCAGCACUAGAAGUUCUGCUGGACCCUCUUCCUCGACAACUGGAGGACCGUCAUCGGCAGAACCAUCGGGCUCUUCUGAGUCAACUAGUACAGAAGAACCUACUAGCCAAUCGCAGUCAACAGGUAGUACUGGACCCAUCCCGUGUGAAGAACCUACGAAAAGCUCCAGAUUGAGCAGCACAGGAAGUUCAGCUGGACCCUCCUCUCCGACAACUGGCGGAACAUCAUGGACAGAAUCAUCCGGGCCCCCCCAGUCGACAGGUACAGAUGAAUCUACGAGCCCAUCACAGUCAACAGGCAGUACCGAAACACGCCCAUCUGAGGAACCUACGGAGAACUCCAGCUUGAGCAGCACUGGAAGUUCAGCUGGACCUUCUUCCUCUACAACUGGCGGACCAUCAUCGGCAGAACCAUCGGACUCCUCUGAGUCAACUAGUACACAAGAACCUACUAGCCAAUCGCAGUCAACAGGCAGUACCGAAACGCGCCCAUCCGAGGAACCUACGGAGAGCUCCAGCUUGAGUAGCACUGGAAGUUCAGCUGGACCUUCCUCUCCGACAACUGGCGGAACAUCAUCGACAGAAUCAUCAGGGCCCCCCCAGUCGACAGGUACAGAUGAAUCUACGAGCCCAUCACAGCCAACAGGCAGUACCGAAACACGCCCAUCUGAGGGACCUACGGAGAGCUCCAGCUUGAGCAGCACUGGAAGUUCUGCUGGACCUUUUUCCUCGACAACUGGAGGACCGUCAUCGGCAGAACCAUCGGGCUCUUCUGAGUCAACUAGUACAGAAGAACCUACUAGCCAAUCGCAGUCAAAAGGUAGUACUGGAACCAUCCCGUGUGAGGAACCUACGGAAAGCUCCAGAUUGAGCAGCACUGGAAGUUCAGCUGGACCUUCCUCUCCGACAACUGGCGGAACAUCAUGGACAGAAUCAUCCGGGCCCCCCCAGUCGACAGGUACAGAUGAAUCUACGAGCCCAUCACAGUCAACAGGCAGUACCGAAACACGCCCAUCUGAGGGACCUACGGAGAGCUCCAGCUUGAGCAGCACUGGAAGUUCAGCUGGACCUUCCUCUCCGACAACUGGCGGAACAACAUCGACAGAAUCAUCCGGGCCCCCCCAGUCGACAGGUACAGAUGAAUCUACGAGCCCAUCACAGUCAACAGGCAGUACCGAAACGCGCCCAUCUGAGGAACCUACGGAGAGCUCCAGCUUGAGCAGCACUGGAAGUUCAGCUGGACCUUCUUCUUCGACAACUGACGGAUCAUCAUCGGCAGAACCAUCGGGCUCUUCUGAGUCAACUAGUACAGAAGAACCUACUAGCCCAUCACAGUCAACAGGCAGUACCGAAACGCGCCCAUCUGAGGAACCUACGGAGAGCUCCAGCUUGAGCAGCACUGGAAGUUCUGCUGGACCUUCAUCCUCGACAACUGGAGGACCGUCAUCGGCAGAACCAUCGGGCUCCUCUGAGUCAACUAGUACAGAAGAACCUACUAGCCAAUCGCAGUCAACAGGUAGUACUGGAACCAUCCCGUGUGAGGAACCUACGGAAAGCUCCAGCUUGAGCAGCACAGGAAGUUCAGCUGGACCUUCUUCCUCUACAACUGGAGGAUCAUCAUCGUCAGAACCAUCGCGGUCCUCUGAGUCAACUAGUACAGACGAACCUACUAGCCAGUCGCAGUCAACGGGUACUACUGGAACCAUCCCGUGUGAGGAACCUACGGAGAGCUCCAGCUUGAACAGCAUUGGUAGUUCUGCUGGACCUUCAUCCUCGACAACUGGAGGACCAUCAUCGUCAGAACCAUCGGGGUCCUCUGAGUCAACAAGUACGGUAGAACCUACGAGGCCAUCACAGUCAACAGGCAAUACCGAAACCCGCCCAUCUGAGGAACCUACGGAGAUCUCCAGUUUGAGCAGCAUUGGUAGUUCUGCUGGACCUUCUUCCUCUACAAGUAGCGGACCAUCAUCGUCAGAACCAUCGCGGUCCUCUGAGUCAACUAGUACAGACGAACCUACUAGCCAAUCGCAGUCAACGGGUACUACUGGGACCCCCCCAUGUGAGGAACCUACGGAGAGCUCCAGCUUGAGCAGCACUGGAAGUUCAGCUGGACCUUCUUCCUCGAUAACUGAAGGACCGUCAUCGGCAGAACCAUCAGGUUCUUCUGAGUCAACUAGUACAGAAGAACCUACUAGCCAAUCGCAGUCAACAGGUAGUACUGGAACCAUCCCGUGUGAGGAACCUACGGAUAGCUCCAGAUUGAGCAGCACAGGAAGUUCUGCUGGACCUUCCUCUCCGACAACUGGCGGAACAUCAUCGACAGAAUCAUCCGGGCCCCCCCAGUCGACAGGUACAGAUGAAUCUACGAGCCCAUCACAGUCAACAGGCAGUACCGAAACACGCCCAUCUGAGGGACCUACGGAGAGCUCCAGCUUGAGCAGCACUGGAAGUUCUGCUGGACCUUCUUCCUCGACAACUGGCGGAACAUCAUCGGCAGAACCAUCGGGCUCCUCUGAGUCAACUAGUACAGACGAACCUACUAGCCAGUCGCAGUCAACGGGUACUACUGGGACCCUCCCAUGUGAGGAACCUACGGAGAGCUCCAGCUUGAGCAGCACUGGAAGUUCAGCUGGACCUUCUUCCUCUACAACUGGCGGACCAUCAUCGGCAGAACCAUCGGACUCCUCUGAGUCAACUAGUACACAAGAACCUACUAGCCAAUCGCAGUCAACAGGCAGUACUGAAACGCGCCCAUCUGAGGAACCUACGGAGAGCUCCAGCUUGAGUAGCACUGGAAGUUCAGCUGGACCUUCUUCCUCUACAACUGGCGGACCAUCAUCGGUAGAACCAUCGGGCUCCUCUGAGUCAACUAGUACAGAAGAACCUACUAGCCAGUCGCGGUCAACAGGUAGUACUGGAACCAUCCCGUGUGAGGAACCUACGGAGAGCUCCAGCUUGAGCAGCAUUGGUAGUUCUGCUGGACCUUCUUCCUCGACAACUGGAGGACCAUCAUCGUCAGAACCAUCGGGGUCCUCUGUGUCAACUAGUACAGAAGAACCUACUAACCCAUCACAGUCAACAGGCAGUACCGAAACGCGCCCAUCUGAGGAACCUACGGAGAGCUCCAGCUUGAGCAGCACUGGAAGUUCAGCUGGACCUUCUUCUUCGACAACUGACGGAACAUCAUCGACAGAAUCAUCCGGGCCCCCCCAGUCGACAGGUACAGAUGAAUCUACGAGCCCAUCACAGUCAACAGGCAAUACCGAAACACGCCCAUCUGAGGGACCUACGGAGAGCUCCAGCUUGAGCAGCACUGGAAGUUCUGCUGGACCUUCUUCCUCGACAACUGGAGGACCGUCAUCGGCAGAACCAUCGGGCUCUUCUGAGUCAACUAGUACAGAAGAACCUACUAGCCCAUCACAGUCAACAGGCAGUACCGAAACGCGCCCAUCUGAGGAACCUACGGAGAGCUCCAGCUUGAGCAGCACUGGAAGUUCAGCUGGACCUUCUUCUUCGACAACUGACGGAUCAUCAUCGGCAGAACCAUCGGGCUCUUCUGAGUCAACUAGUACAGAAGAACCUACUAGCCCAUCACAGUCAACGGGCAGUACCGAAACGCGCCCAUCUGAGGAACCUACGGAGAGCUCCAGCUUGAGCAGCACUGGAAGUUCUGCUGGACCUUCAUCCUCGACAACUGGAGGACCGUCAUCGGCAGAACCAUCGGGCUCCUCUGAGUCAACUAGUACAGAAGAACCUACUAGCCAAUCGCAGUCAACAGGUAGUACUGGAACCAUCCCGUGUGAGGAACCUACGGAAAGCUCCAGCUUGAGCAGCACAGGAAGUUCAGCUGGACCUUCUUCCUCUACAACUGGAGGAUCAUCAUCGUCAGAACCAUCGCGGUCCUCUGAGUCAACUAGUACAGACGAACCUACUAGCCAAUCGCAGUCAACGGGUACUACUGGGACCCUCCCAUGUGAGGAACCUACGGAGAGCUCCAGCUUGAGCAGCACUGGAAGUUCAGCUGGACCUUCUUCUUCGACAACUGACGGAUCAUCAUCGGCAGAACCAUCGGGCUCUUCUGAGUCAACUAGUACAGAAGAACCUACUAGCCCAUCACAGUCAACGGGCAGUACCGAAACGCGCCCAUCUGAGGAACCUACGGAGAGCUCCAGCUUGAGCAGCACUGGAAGUUCUGCUGGACCUUCAUCCUCGACAACUGGAGGACCGUCAUCGGCAGAACCAUCGGGCUCCUCUGAGUCAACUAGUACAGAAGAACCUACUAGCCAAUCGCAGUCAACAGGUAGUACUGGAACCAUCCCGUGUGAGGAACCUACGGAAAGCUCCAGCUUGAGCAGCACAGGAAGUUCAGCUGGACCUUCUUCCUCUACAACUGGAGGAUCAUCAUCGUCAGAACCAUCGCGGUCCUCUGAGUCAACUAGUACAGACGAACCUACUAGCCAAUCGCAGUCAACGGGUACUACUGGGACCCUCCCAUGUGAGGAACCUACGGAGAGCUCCAGCUUGAGCAGCACUGGAAGUCCAGCUGGACCUUCUUCCUCUACAACUGGCGGACCAUCAUCGGCAGAAUCAUCCGGACCCUCCGAGUCGACAAGUACAGAAGAACCUACAAGCCCAUCGCAAUCAACAGGCAGUACCGAAACCAGCCCAUCUGAGGAACCUACGGAGAGCUCCAGCUUGAGCAGCACUGGAAGUCCAGCUGGACCUUCUUCCUCUACAGCUGGCGGACCAUCAUCGACAGAAUCAUCCGGGCCCCAACAGUCAACAGGUACAGAUGAAUCUACGAGCCCAUCACAGCCAACAGGCAGUACCGAAACGCGCCCAUCUGAGGAACCUACGGAGAACUGCAGCUUGAGCAGCACUGGAAGUUCAGCUGGACCUUCUUCCUCUACAACUGGCGGACCAUCAUCGGCAGAACCAACGGACUCCGCUGAGUCAACUAGUACACAAGAACCUACUAGCCAAUCGCAGUCAACAGGCAGUACCGAAACGCGCCCAUCUGAGGAACCUACGGAGAGCUCCAGCUUGAGUAGCACUGGAAGUUCAGCUGGACCUUCCUCUCCGACAACUGGCGGAACAUCAUCGACAGAAUCAUCCGGGCCCCCCCAGUCGACAGGUACAGAUGAAUCUACGAGCCCAUCACAGUCAACAGGCAGUACCGAAACACGCCCAUCUGAGGGACCUACGGAGAGCUCCAGCUUGAGCAGCACUGGAAGUUCUGCUGGACCUUCUUCCUCGACAACUGGAGGACCGUCAUCGGCAGAACCAUCGGGCUCUUCUGAGUCAACUAGUACAGAAGAACCUACUAGCCCAUCACAGUCAACAGGCAGUACCGAAACGCGCCCAUCUGAGGAACCUACGGAGAGCACCAGCUUGAGCAGUAUUAUACCAUCCUCGGUAACUACUAGUGGUAGUACUCGUUCUACAAGUGCCGAAGAUUCUAGGGAUGUUUCUCGACCACGACGAGACACGUCAUCGCGCGCUGCUGAUGGUUAUGUGGAAAGCACAAUCCAAAUCUCGACUGAGAUGUCUGGCACUACCGAGCGUCAACCGCAGACUACAGGCAGUAGCAAUAUUCCUUCAUCGGUGACUGGUCGUGAAACGUCACAAUCUGAAAGUACCGUGGCAUCUAUUAGUACUUUGGAGCCGGCAAAGAGUUCUUCACAAUCUACUGAGUGGCUUGCCGAAAGCUCUACCUUAAGUGGUACGCAAACUGUAUCCGAUGUUUCAACGUUGGCAUCCGAAAAUAUUGUUAUAUCUGGUAACGUAGAAGUUGCUGUUGAGAGCAAUAUUGGCGGCAGCUCUGCUAAUAAGAGCAUAGUGGAAUCUGGUACUUUUAAUCUAACAAUAGAGGACGUUGCGAAAGCCAAUAUAACUGGUUUUCAUAUUAACGGAUCUUCUAUUGUAAUGGACGGAGAGUUGAUUAGAACGAAUGGUACAGGAUCUCACGGAGUUGUUAUUGUGGACCAAAUUCAUAUUUCUGGCAGUCUUGAUAUUAGUGUUGAGGAACACAAUGAGACCAUUUUGCCUAAUCCCGGUAGUUUGACGAGUUUGGGUAAGAACAGAACCAGGAUACCUGGAUCAGGGUCACCUAUAUUACAAAUUAAUGAAACCGGUGGGAAUGUUGUUUCUUCCAAUGAUCUGUCGAGGGGAUCUAUAGCACUCCCUAUUACCCCUUCACAAGGUUUGGAAUCAACUGUGGAAACACAGCUAAAUGAUUUACAGACGAAGACAUAUGUGAAUAAUAUACAAUUUACUGACGAGAAUUCGGUAACUGUGGGGAAAAGUAUAUUCGCUUUUGGUAAUGAUAAUAAUAUUAGGAGUAAUGCUGCACUCGAUACAGCUGUUUCUAGAGCAUCAGCGUCACUUCAGGCAGCUGGAGGUUCCAAUUCAGAUUCUUCCAUGAAGAAGGUCGUCGUUUCCGUUGUAUAGAAAAAUUAAAUAUUGACGAAGAACUGGCAUUGGAUCUCGUUAUAGGUGAUUCGAGGAAGAAAAUGAUGAACUGAAAUAGAUAUGAAGAAAAUUCACUAUAUUCUGAUAAAGUAUUAGAACUAGUAUUGAAACAUUAUUUGCUGGUAUAUUAAUAUACAUGGCAGCAAGAAGUUUGUUAACGAGUAAACCAAGAAUACUAACAAAUUUUAUAUGUAGUCAUAGAUAAUUGUGUUAUUGUUCAAUGUUGGGCAACUUUUUAUUGUUACUGAGAUUGAUAUUAAUAAGAUAUUAUUUAGUAUAGAA